ACAGCCAAUCCGAUCGGGGGAUGUGACGUACGCAACUUUGGGCCGUAGUUACUGAAGCAAAACUUUGUUUUGUAUUAUAAUAACAAAACUGCUCCCCCUAAUUUCUGUUUGUAUUUUCUUUAUUUAUUUUAAGUCACAAUUGUAUAUCUAUUUUCGCUCACCGUUUCCGUCUCUACUAUAUAAACUAUGUUGGUAUCAAUAGUGUGUUGAAAUCUAACGGCUCAUCUGGACUAGUUUGUCACAUCCAUCAUAUCGUAGAACUCAAGACCUGAUUACUGUUCAAAGGUCGUUUAAAAUUGUAAAACUGGAAGUUUCAGUACUAAAUACCGACAGAUCUACAAUAAAGCGGACUGUGACAAUGGCUUCUUCAAGAAAUCUAAACCGAUUUUGGGAGUGGGGACGCAAAAUUAUCUGUGUUGGAAGAAAUUAUCCCGACCAUGCCAAAGAACUGAAAAAUGCAGUCCCAACAGAGCCGGUGUUGUUUCUGAAGCCAUCCUCUGCUUAUGUGACGGAAGGGUCUUCCAUUAUGGUGCCUUCCUACUCUCACAAUUUACACCAUGAGGUGGAGCUGGGGGUCGUUAUUGGGAAAGGGGGGACAGCAAUCCCCCAGAACGCUGCAAUGGACCAUGUCGCUGGUUAUGCGUUGUGCCUCGACAUGACCGCCAGGGAUGUCCAAGACGAAUGCAAAACCAAAGGUUUGCCGUGGACACUCGCAAAAGCAUUCAACACUUCAUGUCCUGUGAGUGAAUUUAUCCCAAAGGAAAAGAUCGCCGACCCUGGCAAUGUAAAGAUUUGGCUCAAAGUGAAUGGUCAACUACGACAGGAAGGCAACACCUCCCAAAUGAUCUUCUCAAUCCCUUUUCUCAUCAGCUACAUCAGCGAGAUCAUAACUUUGGAAGAGGGGGACCUGAUUUUGACAGGGACCCCGAAAGGAGUAUCAAGCGUUCAGGAACACGACGAGCUGCUGGCAGGGAUCGAGGGCAUUGUGAGCAUGAAGUUCAGAGUGGAUAGGCCACAGUGACCCUCGUGAUGUCGCCGUUAUUAUUAUUAUUUUUUUGCAUAAGGUCCAUGAUUAAAAAGCAAUAUACAUGUUUCAAGUGUAAACACUGUCAAAAACUAGAGAAAUAAAACUGAAUUCCUAUGCAGUGGUUAUAAA